AACCCUUUGCAAAACACACACACACACACACAGUGACAGAGAGCUCUAUCACUCUUUACUUCCCAGAGCCCUAACAAUGGCGGUGAAUGGCACUUCAAACAUCCUCCAGGUCCAAAGAAUCCCGCAAUCCAAAUACACAGACGCUCUCCGUUUUCUCCCUUCAAUUUCUCCAUUCAAUCGCUUUGUCAUCCUCGCCCUUUUCGACUCCGAUUCCAACAACUUUUCUCUCGAAACCCUUAACCUAACCCCUUCAAAAACCCCAAACUUAAACCCCCAAUCCUCUCUUACCUUACCCUCAAGAAUCAACUCCCUCAAAGUAUCUCAAACCCCCCAGAAACCCCUCAUUGCCGCCUCAACUUUUUCAGGUUCUUUACACAUUCUCUCUUCAAAUCCCCUUGAUGGGUAUCUGAAAAAUGAGGCCUUGGUGCAUGAUAAGGGGUUUCAUGUGGGACCCAUUUCGUGUGUUGAUGUGAGUGAAAAUGGGUCUCAGUGUGUGAGUGUUGGGGAGGAUGGGAGGGUGAAUUUGGUGAAGAUUGGUGAUUCUGGGGUUGAUUAUUCGAGGGUUUUUGACAGUAACGGAUUGGUCUCAUAUACCGCAGCUAAAUGGGCUUCGCCGACAGAGUUUGCCACGGGUGGUUUGGGUUUUAGUCUUCUGUGGUGGGAUCAGAGGAGGCCUGGUGGACCAGUGUCUCAGUUCAAGGGCAAUUGGGCCCAAAGAACUGCUCCAGGACUUGUCCACUCAAUUGAUAUCCAUCCAUCACGGAAGCACACUUGUGUGGCAGGAGGCUCUUCUGGUACUGUAUUUGCAUGGGAUCUUCGGUGGCAACAGCAGCCUAUAAUUCUUUCUGGUCUUGGGAUUGAUGAUGCUCCAGCACCAUCUGAAAGUGAGGUAUGGGAGGUCCAGUAUGACAGCUAUACGCAUUCCUCCAACAUUGGUGGCAUCUCAUCUUCACGAGUCUUACCUGUAAUGAUUUGCUCAGAAGAUGGCAUCCUUGCCGUCAUUGAGCAAGGUGGACCACCCAUGGAGAUCUUGGCUGAACCCUGUGCCAUCAACAGCUUUGAUAUUGACAGACAAAGUCCCUCCGAUGUGAUAUGCAGUUUGGAGUGGGAGUCUGUAGCCAUCUUGACAAGGCCAUGAAUUAUGGAACAUGGACAUGAGGAAAAUUAUUUCUUAAUCCGAGCACUCCCUACACCAUUUUUUGUGACGGCACCCCGGAAGCUUCUCUGAGUUAUUCCAUGCUGAAGUAGUAGAUCAUUCUCCGUGAAGACGGUUGAAUGAAGUUAGUCUGAUGUAAAGUAUGUGUUUGCUAUGGCCUAUGGACUGUAGAAUGUAGUAGUUACCUUCAUAAGUCUUACCCAAAUAAUACUGUAUAGGGCCAUGGGAGGGAGUCGUUUAUACACUUAUUUGUAGGCAUUUUCUUUCGCUGCUAUAGAAAUGCAAGCAGCAGCAGCAGGAGGUUGCCUGGUUGACAGAUUGGUGUUAAUGAAGAGUUCAAAAGCCGUAAACUCAGACGUGUU